GCUCUGUUGGGCCGCAUGGCCAGCUUUGGGGGAAGCCUGCUUGAGACUCGGCCUGGGACCAGAGCCUGGAGGCAGCCAGGCAGCCAACCAGGGAGACUGACUCUGUCUUCCUCGCUGAGUCCCUCUACCACUUCUCUUCUAGUGGAGCCUACAGUCACCGUGUAUCCUACGAAGACCCGGCCCCUGCAGCACCACAACCUCCUGGUCUGCUCUGUGAAUGGUUUCUAUCCAGGCCACAUUGAAGUCAGGUGGUUCCGGAACGGCCAGGAAGAGGAGGCUGGGGUCGUGUCCACAGGCCUGAUCCGAAAUGGAGACUGGACCUUCCAGACCCUGGUGAUGCUGGAGACAGUUCCUCGGAGUGGAGAGGUCUACACCUGCCAAGUGGAGCACCCAAGUUUGACGAGCCCUGUCACCGUGGAAUGGAGGGCACGGUCUGACUCUGCACAGAGCAAGAUGCUGAGUGGAAUCGGGGGCUUCGUUCUGGGUCUGCUCUUCCUGGUGGUGGGGCUGUUCCUGUACUUCAGGAAUCAGAAGGGCCACUCUGGACUUCAGCCAGCAGGACUCCUGAGCUGACAUGGAGAUGGUGACACUCCAGGAAGAACUUUCCUCUCCAACUUCUUCGCAGAGUGAGAAGCUUCCAACUCUUAUUUUUCCACAAAUACAGUGCUUUUUCAGGAUCUGGUUGGCCCUGGCGUCAGUGACCCUGAAGAAGCUGUCCUCCCUGUGGCUCCGUCUGCCCCAUCCUUGACCUGGAAGCCCCAGUGUGACUGUAGGACCUCAUCCACAUUCUCUCCCAGCCCCUUCCGUGCAGCCCUUACUGCCUCCCUUGCUUGGGAACUCGCCUUCUGCCCACGUGUCUUUAUAAGCUUUUCUCAAAUAAACAUGGGGUGAAAAUCA